AUGCCAGUGUUCCACACGCGCACGAUCGAGAGCAUCUUGGAGCCGGUGGCGCAGCAAAUCUCGCACCUGGUGAUCAUGCACGAGGAGGGCGAGGUGGACGGCAAAGCCAUUCCCGACCUCACCGCGCCCGUGGCGGCCGUGCAGGCGGCAGUCAGCAACCUGGUCCGGGUUGGAAAAGAGACUGUUCAAACCACUGAGGAUCAGAUUUUGAAGAGAGAUAUGCCACCAGCAUUUAUUAAGGUUGAGAAUGCUUGCACCAAACUUGUUCAGGCAGCCCAGAUGCUUCAGUCAGACCCUUACUCCGUGCCUGCUCGAGAUUACCUCAUUGAUGGGUCAAGGGGCAUCCUCUCUGGCACAUCAGAUCUACUUCUUACGUUUGAUGAGGCUGAGGUUCGUAAAAUUAUUAGAGUUUGCAAAGGAAUUUUGGAAUAUCUCACAGUGGCAGAGGUGGUGGAGACUAUGGAAGAUUUGGUUACUUACACAAAGAAUCUUGGGCCAGGAAUGACCAAGAUGGCUAAGAUGAUUGAUGAGAGACAGCAGGAGUUGACUCACCAGGAACACCGGGUGAUGCUGGUGAACUCAAUGAACACGGUGAAAGAGCUGCUUCCUGUCCUCAUUUCAGCUAUGAAGAUAUUUGUAACAACUAAAAACUCAAAAAACCAAGGAAUAGAAGAGGCUUUGAAAAAUCGGAAUUUUACUGUUGAGAAGAUGAGUGCUGAAAUUAAUGAGAUCAUUCGUGUAUUACAACUCACCUCUUGGGAUGAAGAUGCCUGGGCCAGCAAGGAUACUGAAGCCAUGAAGAGAGCACUGGCCUCCAUAGAUUCCAAACUUAACCAAGCCAAAGGUUGGCUCCGUGACCCCAAUGCCUCCCCAGGGGACGCUGGUGAGCAGGCCAUCAGGCAAAUCUUAGAUGAAGCUGGAAAAGUUGGUGAACUUUGUGCAGGCAAGGAACGCAGGGAGAUCUUGGGAACCUGUAAAAUGCUAGGGCAGAUGACUGAUCAAGUGGCCGACCUCCGAGCCAGAGGGCAAGGAGCCUCCACAGUGGCCAUGCAGAAAGCCCAGCAGGUGUCUCAGGGUCUGGACGUGCUCACAGCGAAAGUGGGAAAUGCAGCCCGGAAGCUGGAAGCCAUGACAAACUCAAAGCAGAGCAUUGCGAAGAAAAUUGAUGCUGCUCAGAACUGGCUUGCAGAUCCAAAUGGUGGACCUGAAGGAGAAGAACAGAUUCGAGGGGCUUUGGCUGAAGCUCGGAAAAUUGCAGAAUUAUGUGAUGAUCCUAAAGAGAGAGAUGAUAUUCAGCGUUCCCUUGGGGAAAUAGCUGCUCUGACUUCAAAAUUAGGCGAUUUACGAAGACAGGGGAAAGGAGACUCCCCAGAGGCUCGAGCGUUGGCUAAACAAGUAGCCACAGCCCUGCAGAAUCUGCAGACCAAAACUAACAGGGCUGUGGCUAACAGCAGACCUGCCAAGGCAGCUGUCCACCUUGAGGGCAAGAUUGAGCAAGCACAGCGGUGGAUUGAUAACCCCACAGUGGAUGAUCGGGGAGUGGGUCAGGCUGCCAUCCGUGGGCUUGUGGCUGAAGGGCAUCGUCUGGCUAAUGUCAUGAUGGGGCCUUAUCGCCAAGAUCUUCUUGCCAAGUGUGACCGUGUAGACCAGUUGACAGCUCAGUUAGCUGACCUGGCUGCCAGAGGGGAAGGGGAGAGUACUCAAGCAAGAGCACUUGCAUCCCAACUUCAAGAUUCCUUAAAGGACCUGAAAGCCCAGAUGCAGGAAGCUAUGACUCAGGAGGUGUCUGAUGUUUUCAGCGAUACCACAACUCCCAUCAAGCUGUUGGCAGUGGCAGCCACUGCGCCUCCUGAUGCACCCAAUAGGGAAGAGGUAUUUGAUGAGAGGGCAGCAAAUUUUGAAAACCAUUCAGGAAGGCUUGGAGCCACAGCAGAGAAGGCGGCUGCUGUUGGUACUGCUAAUAAAUCAACAGUGGAAGGCAUUCAGGCAUCAGUGAAGACAGCCCGGGAACUUACACCCCAGGUCAUCUCUGCUGCUCGCAUCUUAUUAAGGAACCCUGGUAAUCAAGCUGCUUAUGAACAUUUUGAGACCAUGAAGAACCAGUGGAUUGAUAAUGUUGAAAGAAUGACAGGGCUGGUGGAUGAAGCUAUUGAUACUAAAUCUCUGUUAGAUGCUUCUGAAGAAGCAAUUAAAAAAGACCUGGACAAGUGUAAGGUAGCCAUGGCCAACAUUCAGCCUCAGAUGCUGGUCGCUGGAGCAACCAGCAUUGCUCGUCGGGCCAACCGAAUCUUACUGGUUGCUAAGAGGGAGGUGGAGAACUCUGAGGAUCCCAAGUUCCGUGAGGCUGUGAAAGCUGCAUCUGAUGAAUUGAGCAAAACAAUCUCCCCAAUGGUGAUGGAUGCCAAGGCUGUGGCUGGAAACAUCUCUGACCCUGGCCUGCAAAAGAGCUUCCUGGACUCGGGAUAUCGGAUCCUAGGAGCAGUGGCCAAGGUCAGAGAAGCCUUCCAACCUCAGGAGCCUGACUUCCCACCUCCUCCACCAGACCUUGAACAGCUCCGACUAACUGAUGAGCUUGCUCCUCCUAAACCACCUCUGCCUGAGGGUGAGGUCCCUCCACCCAGGCCCCCGCCGCCUGAAGAGAAGGAUGAAGAGUUCCCUGAGCAGAAAGCUGGGGAGGUGAUUAACCAGCCGAUGAUGAUGGCUGCCAGGCAGCUGCACGAUGAAGCUCGCAAAUGGUCUAGCAAGCCGGGUAUCCCAGCCGCUGAGGUGGGUAUAGGAGUUGUAGCUGAGGCAGAUGCUGCUGAUGCUGUUGGGUUCCCUUUCCCCUCUGACAUGGAAGACGAUUACGAGCCCGAGCUGCUGUUAAUGCCGUCUAAUCAGCCGGUCAACCAGCCCAUUCUGGCCGCGGCUCAGUCCUUGCAUCGGGAAGCUACCAAGUGGUCUAGUAAGGGUAAUGACAUCAUUGCAGCAGCCAAGCGCAUGGCUCUGCUGAUGGCUGAGAUGUCUCGGCUGGUAAGAGGGGGCAGUGGUACCAAGCGGGCACUCAUUCAGUGUGCCAAGGACAUCGCCAAGGCCUCAGACGAGGUAACUCGGUUGGCCAAGGAGGUUGCCAAGCAGUGCACAGAUAAGCGGAUUAGAACCAAUCUCUUACAGGUAUGUGAGCGAAUCCCAACUAUAAGUACCCAGCUCAAAAUCCUGUCCACAGUAAAGGCUACCAUGCUGGGACGGACCAACAUCAGUGAUGAAGAGUCUGAACAGGCCACAGAGAUGCUGGUUCACAAUGCCCAGAACCUCAUGCAGUCUGUGAAGGAGACCGUGCGAGAAGCAGAAGCUGCUUCUAUCAAGAUUCGAACAGAUGCUGGAUUUACUCUGCGCUGGGUUAGAAAGACUCCUUGGUACCAGUAGGCACCUAGCCAAACCUGGCUGGUACUUAAAACCUCUGCUAAAAAGAAGGAAAAAGAUCUGAGUUCCAGGAGCCAUCCAGAGUCUACUGGGGAUGGAAAAGCCACCUACUGGCCUACUAAACCAGAAAGGAGUGGUGGUCUCUUCACACAGAAAACAUUUACUGUUCUAUCAUGGGCACUUUGAAAUGUGUCCCCGUGUAAAUCCUGUACUCUCAGUUAUUCUUGUGCACACAGUCUCCCAAUAAGUGAACUGGUUUUCUAGCCCAUGGAUUUUUAUGUAAGCUCAGAAUGUAAGAGUGAACACUAGCCAGAUGCUCUGCUCUGUCCCUUGCUCCCUUGGGGAACAUCUUCCCCUUCAGGCUUCUAAGACCUAGGGCUGAGGCAGGUCAGUUAAAAAUAACCAUGCUUCCAAAAGUUAUUUGGGGUUUUUCAUGUUGCUGAUGACCCUGCCUUCUUUCCCUGGGCUGUGCUACCUGGCUCUUUUGUAGAAGUGAUUGCUACAUUGUUGCAGGAAAAAGUAGAUUCUGGGAGCUCCAGUGUGUGUAGCUUGGAUUCAUUUCCUGCUCUUCCACCAUGUAAUCCUAGUUUCUCAGUGUAAAACCAAUUUUCACUAUCAGGAGGAAAGCAAAUGAUUGUCUUUACCAUGUCCCUAAGCAGUAUCUGUGUGAAGGAAACUUCCUGCCUCAUCUCCUGCCUCGCUUGGCUGCCAAGGCAAUCAAUCAUCCCACAAACACAGCGUCCUGGUGCUUUCUGCCAUUGGAGGGGCAGAGUAACUGGGGUGUGACCUACUCUUCCUCCCAAUGGGGCCACUCCCAGGCUUUCCAUGCUGUCACUGCCUGUAGAGGUCUGUCCUAAGACCUUACCUUUCAUUCUUAGCUCUCCAUUUUAUUUCUGAGCUGAAAUGCUGCAUUUACUUUUAACCAAAUCAUCUUGGGCUUUGAUAGUCUUCCUCGCUAUGCUUCUUAAACACUUUAAAGAUAUGUAGGUAUGUGUUUGUAAUUCUGAUUCCCUCCCCCCCAUUUUUGAGAUAGGAUCUCUUUAUGCUGUCCAGGUUCAUCUGGAACUCUGGUUCAAGUGAUCCAUCUACACCAGCCUACAGGCUCCUGCUACCAUACCUGCCUUUGUUUGUAACUUUGAAAAAUCCUUUUAAAACUGAGUUCUAAGAAUUAAUACCUGCAGCAAGGUGUGGGGGUGUACGCCUUUAAUCCCAAAGCUUGGGAGGCAGAGGCAAGCUGAUCUCUGUGAGUUCAGGGCCAGUGUGUUCAGGCCAGCUGGGGCUACAGGGAGUCCCUGUCUCAAAAAGACAAACAUACAAACAAAAGAACUAGGACUUUUUACUAUUUUCCCUUAAGAGACUUUAAUGGAAAGGUAGUCCUGCCUGAAAAAUGCUUCUAAAUGCUUCUUAUUUAAGGGAAAAUGACACUUGCAAAUUCUGGUGCUGCAGAUGGAUGAACCAGUAAGAACUACCGAUAGAAUUCCCAAUUCCUUUAAACCUCUCCUAAAUAUAUUAUUCAAGAGCAGUUGAGUAUGUUUAAUUAUCAUAAAUGUAUGUUUUUUAUUGGGUAAGUCAGAGAGAAGGCAUCUUUCCCUGGUUUGCAUUGAUUCUGCUGUCUGAGCAUUCCCCAGCACAAGAAACCCCACAUCACCAAAUCCAGCAGCAGAUGAAUGCAGGAGUGAAACCCUUUGCCUGGAUCGUCCCACCACCAGUGUGUUAAAGCUCAAUAGUGAAUGUGUAAAUCUUAAGUUGAUCCUGUACACUCAGGCUUCCUUUUUCAUUUUAACUGAUUAUUUUCAAGGCCUUCAGUAUAUUUGUAUAGUUGCUUACCUGAUAUAAAUGCAAUAUUAAUGCCUUUAACGUACGAAUCUAUGCCAAAGAUCACCUUUUGUUUUACUAAAGAUACUUAGAAGAAAUAAGAAAAAUAAUGUUUGCUCUCCAAGUCCUUCCAGUGUUUUGAGACACUGGUUUACACUUAUGCCAGAUGUGCUUUUCUCUAAUAUCAGUGCUUACAAUACAAUGAGGCAAAAGAAGAAAAAAAAAAGUCCCUGAAUCAUGAUUUAGAGAUGCCACCACUAAAAAAUACA